AUGGAAAUGGCUCUCAGUUCAAAGAAUAAGAUGGCUCUUGUAGAUGGAACAAUGCAGAUUCCCAGCAUAUUGGAGCCUAAGUACUUCUACUGGGAUCAGUGUAACACGAUGGUGUUAUCUUGGAUCCUCAGGGCAGUUUCUCCCACUAUUGGACGAAGCGUAUUGUGGAUCAACACAGCUGAAGGGAUCUGGAAAGAUCUGAAGAAACAUUUCAGUCAGCAAGAUGUAUUCCGCAUUGGUGAGAUUCAAUCUGAAAUCCAUCAAACGAAACAAGGUACUCUCUCUGCGAAUGAAUACUUUACUUAUCAAAAAUUACUGUGGGAUGAGUUGUUUAUACUUAGACCGGUUCCUUCCUAUGGUUGCUUCCCAAAUUGUGAAUGUGGAACCAAGUUGGUUGAGAAGAUUACAAGUCAGUUAGAGAGUGAUAUGCUGUCUGCAUUUCUUAUUGGUCUGAAUGAAAAUUUCAGCAGUGCUAAACAUCAAAUCAUGUUGAUGAAGCCCUUACCUGAUGUUGGAGAGGCAUUUGCAAUGAUCUCUCAACAAGAAAGACAAAUGGCUAUUGGCAUUAACUCCUUGGCAAAUAGUGUAGACAGUGCUAGUGCUUUCUUCACAAAGUCUGAUAACAAUGGCAGAAGAGCCUUCCCAAACCAGAAACAGAAACCAGUUUGCAGUUAUUGUGGCUAUACAAGGCAUACCAUUGACAAAUGUUACAAGAAACAUGGCUAUCCUCCUGGUUGGAAGCCAAAAAACAAGGGUGUGGGAUCAGCUAAUCAAAGUCAAGUUUCUGUGCAAGAGGUUGGUAGUUCAGACUCCAAUCCCUUGUUUAAUCAAGAGGAUUAUAAGAGGUUCUUGGAAUUUAUGCAGCAAGGAAAGGCCAAUAAUAACCUGUGUGGUAUCACUCCUCAUGUAAAUGCUAUAUCAGCCAAUUUCAUCCCAGAUGCAACUUUAGAAGGUAAGAGUUUUGACUCUAAAAGUUUGGCAGACACAAGAUCCUCAUGGAUACUUGACAGUGGUGCCACACACCACAUUGUUUGCAAUGUGCACUGA